GACAGAGUGGAUUGUUUUUAAUUGGUGUUGAUGAUGGAGGAAGUUGUGUAAUCUGCCUUGACCCAGCGCUGGAUGUGCCACUGUUCCAUGAAAGUGUGGAGCAGGCGUUGGCACUCUGUGAACCUUCUGCUGGACCCCCACAUAUUAAACUCAUUCUGCAGUGGUCUAUGGAAGCCAAAGAAAAGUACAUUAUUGAUGAUGUUGAUCACGUGGAUGUACACUCUAGUGUGAAGGACUUAAAGGAGAACCCCCAGCAGUGUGCCUCAGUAUCUUUGCACCAGUGUUUGCAGCUACACACAUCAGCUGAGAAACUAGGGUGUGGCGAUGCAUGGCACUGCCCAACUUGCAACCGCAAGCAGCAGGUGGUGAAAAGACUCAUGCUAUGGUCUGCGCCACAGAUACUUGUUAUACACCUUAAACGCUUCAGACAAAUCAAGUACUGUUUAAAGGGUACACUGCAGAGUAAUUCGUCCAAACUCUCAACAGCAGUGAAAUUUCCACUAACCGGUUUUGACAUUUCUGAACAUGUAGCCAGUAAACCUAACCACACAUACACUAACAGUAGUGUGGACUCAAGUGUGUUAGGUGGUGUGUGGUCCCCUUGGAAAAGACCAAAGCGCUUCAUACCUCACAGUGAAGAUAAUGUCUAUGAUCUCUAUGCAGUGUGUUACCAUCAUGGCAAGGACAUGCAGGGAGGACACUACACUGCCAUGUGUAAGAAUACAGCUGAUAACAAAUGGUACAAUUAUGAUGAUAGUAAAGUUGAAGCUGCAUCAGAAGAUCAGGUGGUUGAUCCUGAUGCUUAUAUCCUCUUUUAUCAGCGGCGAAGUGAUGUGAGCCACAUCAGCUGCAGUGAAGGUAGUGUGGUAGAACACUGGGCGUACAGAAUACCCCUCUCAUACUUGCCCACUUCUCUCAUACCACAAGCUAAUAAAGAAAACAAAGCAGUACCACCACCUUUUGAGAGAGGAAGGUCGUAUGGGACACUACCAGUGAAUGUAAGGAACCAGAGACAGUCAUCACUAGAAAGGGAACAUGCAUCUGACACUGAAGCACCACUGGCCUCACAUGAUGAAUCGCCUGUCCUGAAGAGAAGGUCCACCAACACAUUACAUGAAAAUGAAGAGUCUCCAACUGAUGAUGUACCAAAGUCUAAUUUGAAGAUAGAAACAAUUAAAGUAGAGGUGUUACCAACUCAGAAUGGAAUUGAUAAUGGUGAUUUACAUAUGGAGUGUGAAAACAGUGUUGCCGAUAUGCAAGAGUGUGAUCAAGAAAUGACAGAAAUGCCACGGAAUUCAACAAGCAAAACUGUUCUGAUAUCACGAUGUCAAGCCUUAAGAGACCAAGACUUGACUGAUGCUAGCGAGUCAGUACCAGUUCAUUGUACCAUGAAUGGGUAUGAAGAAUCUACACAGGAUGACAAAGAAAUGAACGAGGAUACCAACAUGCCUUUAAUAGAAAAUCACGAGACUGACAGUGGCCAAGAGGAGCAAACUCCUGAAGUACGAAUCCACCCAGCUACACCAGAAGUGCUUGCAGCUCAUCAAGGACAUAGUGAGGGGCAACCCAAACGUAGUGUCAUUACUCUUACUCUCCGCCCAAGAAACCCCAGUGAAUCCUCAAGUGGAGGAGUGUGCGAGUCCCGUGUGAGAGUUGUGUCCCGUACACCUAGUAUGGUUAGUUCAUGCAGUAACUCUAGCAUUGCUAGUAAUUCUGUAGUAAAUGGUGUAGAUCAUAUGUAUCAGAAUGGUAAUAUAGAUGAUCACAGGAGAAAUAAGACAUUUGGUCUCUCUCCUGAUUCAACACCUGAAGUGAGAAUCGCGCCUUUGUCCAAAACAUACGAGUCAUCAGCAGAUCUUGUUCCCUCCAAAGUGUCAACCAGGUGUACGAACGCUAACAAAACUGCAAGUUUUGUUGUAAUAAACACACCAACAGUCAGUCCACGAGUACCACGCCCAAAGACUCCUGUUACAAGUAGCUUUAAUAGUUCACCUAGACUGUAUGCCCCAAGAAAUACAAUGAAACCAAGGGAUUCUUCUGCAGAUUCAUUCAAGAAUCAAAGGUCUUUGGUUAGUAGGAAGGAAAAUGUGGUAUCAACAAAGAAACCCAUGAAUAAUUGUAAAAAUCAAAAUUUACUACCAUCUGUUAGUUACUGUGGUUCAGUCAAGAACUGCUAUAAUGGUGUGAGUUCCAAAAUAAGUCGAUUUGAACGAGGAGAUUUCAUGUACAACAAGGAUACCAAAUGUGACACACGAGACCUAGAAUACGAGAGAGAACAGUCCAAUGACAGAGAAUCUAUUUAUGAUCAAGAAGUUAAAUAUGAACAUGGUGGAGCCAAGUAUGAAAGGGAGUGUAGAUAUGAUAGAGAAAUUGUAUAUAACAGAGAAUUGAGAUAUGAUGGUGAUCUCAACUUUGAUAAAGACAUGAAAUAUGACAGAGAAAUGAGAGCUGAUAGGGACUAUAAGUUUGAAAGAGAGAGUCUUUUUGACAGGGACUAUAACAGAGACUACAAAUAUGAUCGCGAGGGCUUGUGUGAAAGGGACUAUGAUUAUACAUAUGAUGGAGAUUCCAAGAGUAAUCGAGAUUAUAGAUAUGAUAGAGAUUCAAAAUAUGACUUAAAGCUUAGUAGAGGAGAGUCUAGAUGUGAACGAGACUGUGUAUACGAUAGAGGAGAUAUGACAGGAAAGAGCAGAAUGUACGAAAGCCGGGACCACUGCUCCUCGCAAGACUAUCCUAAGGGACUACCUAACACUGCCACAAAUCCCCCAGUAAUUACAGAGUCCAGCGUAUGAUAGCGCCUACAUUGCUGUUUGCACUUCUUACCAGAGUCAUUUAACUUUUAGCAAACAGUAAUUUUUAAUAAAAAUUGCAUAAAACAAAAGGUUUUUUGAACCAAGUGUGAUAUAAUUUAUUUAAUUUUACCAUGAUGUACGUAAUGAUUGUUGGUCGUAUGUCCCGAAUGAUAGCCGUGCAUCCUACUCAAUUGGGAUUGGCCAUGUGCAGCUUUGGAAUUGCUUUUGAAGAAAGCCUACAGUAUGUUCUUUUUAAUACCGUAUUUAUACGGUCCGUGUGUAUUAUCUUUAAUGCAAAUCUGUAGGAUUUAAAGAUAUUCAGGUUGAAUAUAUGUUUUAUGAUGCACAUAUGCUUUUUUCACAAUGCACAUGCUGUUUAUACAUUCCAUAUUUGCAGAUUUCAUACAUAUAAAAACUGUAAAUAAUUUUUACUGAGAAAUGUUUAUUAGAAUUUUUAUAAAAUGUGCCUAAAGUGAGUUUAAGUAUAUAAUAUAUAUAUAUAUAUAUAUAUAGAUAUAUAAAUAUUGAGUAUAAUUAUUCAGGUGUGAUAGAUUGUGACAGAUGGUUUGAACCAGUUUGACCACUGGCAGCUCAAAUUUGUUAGGGGUGUUCCUGUGCCAGUGACAAUCUGUACACCGUACCAAACUUCUUCACGAAAAGGACAGGCAGCAGUAAUUCAGAGUAAAAAUUGGUUUUUACAGAUGUCAACAAUGUGAUGUUGCAUUUUCAGUAUGCAUAUUCAUUUUUUAUAUAUUGUAGAUUAUAAUUAGUAAAUACGUAUGUGGAGUGUCAACGUUUGUAAGUGCAAUGCCUGUCAAUCGGCAGUAUUGAAGUGUAUGCAUGUGUGUAUAUAUAACUUAAGCUAGGCAUUCAUUCCUCUUGCAAAUGGAGGGGGGAGGGAAAAAAAUUAGCAGAAUGUAAUAUAUUUAUUUUUGUCUUUAUUUACGGGAUAAAAUUUCAAUGAUAUUGUUGCUACCACAACACUGGAUAUACCCAAAAGUUUUUUGUGCUUAUCUGACUGGCAUAUACUGACAACCAAAUAUUUAAUUAUGCUAAAAAUUAAGCAGGGGGGAAAUUAUAUUGUGUUUAGGCUUCUGGCUUUAUAUUCUGUGUACAUUAUUAUGGCUGUGGUGUGCUUGAUAUUUUUUCUUUUUUUUUGUAUUUAUGGCUGCUAGAUUUGAAAAAUCAGCCUAAAGGUAAUGUAUUUGACAGGAAACAUAUCAGUUUUGUUAUUUUAUGAAGGCACUUGAUUUGUAUAUAUUUGGUCAGAAUAAUAAUAAUAUAGUUGCUAUAUCUUU